AUGUGUUUAUUUCUGAGCUAACUCCACCAGGACCUCGAUGACCCAAUGGGUCUGGGCGCGUUCAACAUCGAGGAGGAUUGGGAGAGGCCAGGUGGAGAAGACCAAGACCAGGGAGCAGUUCUGGGCUCGGUUCAGAGAGGAGGUCAUGGAUCCAUAUCUUGUUGGCCUCCAGGACAACCUAGACCGGAGGUUCCAACACCUGGAGAUCCUGGGGGCCUUCAGUGUGUUGGGACCUCAGGCUGCGUUCUCUAGUGAGAGGAUAAACACCUUUAACCUGACCCUCCUCUCCAGGCAGUUCUUGCAAGCGCCAGAGGCUGCUGUGCUACAAGCAACGUGCUAGUUGGAGCAUUCAAGGGGUUGGACCAGCUGACGGCAAUGACAAAGCUGGCCUCGCAGUUUGAUGAGUGGGGGCAGUCUACCCCUGGCUUAGCCAGCUGGCAGCAAUCACACUGACUAUACCAGUGUCUUCUGUUAAAUGUGAGAGGGACUUCUCUGCAAUGAAAUGAGUCAAAACAGACUUGAGGAACAGACUGCAGGGAGAGCAUCUAGCCACCUGCAUGCAGCUCUUCAUCAACGCCCCCCAUCAAGGAGCUCAAUUACAGAAGGGCGCUGGAAAUCUUUUUCCAAAAGCCCAGAAGAAUAAAGUGCUCUGACAAAGAAAAUGAACGACACAUUCCCCCUAACCAGAAAGAAGAAGUGAAUGAGUGGGGAGAUCGUUAGAGAGGAGGAGAGGAGAGAAGAGAAGAAGAAGAGGGAGAGAGAGAGGGAGAGAGAGAGAGACUGAAGAGGGUCUAAACUAAAGGAGUGACAGGAGAGGACACUUAUUGCAGACACCAUGUCUGUCUCCACCACCAAGCAGGAGAGAACCGUGUGUGUUCUGCUUCCCAAUAAAGAACAGCUGGACAUCACUGUGGGGGUCAAGUCCUCAGGGCAGGAUGUGUUCAAUCAGGUGUCUGAGCUCCUUGGAAUAAAAGAGCUGCACUUCUUCGGCCUUACAGUGGUGAAGGACAAUGAGCACAUCUUUCUGGACAUGGAAGAUAAGCUGACCAAGUAUUUCCCUAAGGAAUGGAAGCAAGAUUCAGGGAAGGGGUUACAGAAGAGAUCCCUCCCCCUGGUGCUCUGCCUCAAGGUGCAGUACUAUGUGGAGAAUGGCAGGCUCAUCUGUGAGCGGAAGGCGAGGCGUCUGUACUACUCUGACCUGAGAGAGAGGGUGCUGCGUUCUGAGUGUCGUCAGCAGGAGGAGGUGUACUUCCAGCUGGCUGGGUAUGCCUUACAAGCUGACCUGGAAGACCACCCCCUACCUGGGCAGAACCAGGGAGGCACCCCCACCCCCUACUUCCAACCCAAAGAGUACUUCCCUCCCUGGAUUGUGGCGAAGCGUGGGGUGGACUACCUGCUCUGUCACGGUCCCAAGGUACACAAGGAGCUGUGGGGCAUGACGUCACGUGAUGCGAUACUCCACUUCAUCAAAGAGGCCUGUCGUCUCGAGGACGUCCCCGUCACCUUCUACAGGCUGCAGAAGGACAAGAAAGAAGAGAGAGGCACAGCUCUGCUGGGGCUGACCCUCAGAGGAAUGCAGCUUUAUCAGGAGGUGGACAACAUUCGGCAGCUUCUCUAUGACUUCCCCUGGUCCAACGUGGGACGACUCACCUUCCUGGGGAAGAAAUUUGAGAUCCAGCCAGAUGGUCUGCCGUCGGCCAGGAAGCUGGUCUACUACACAGGCUCUCCGUUCCGCUCCCGCCACCUCCUCCUGCACCUCAGCAACAGCCACCGCCUUUACCUCAGUCUACAGCCUGCCCUCAAACACCUCCGACAGCUGGAGGACAGCGAGGAGAAGAAGCGCUACAGGGAGUCGUACAUCAGUGAUGACCUGGAUCUAGACCCUCCAGGGGGCAGCGAGGGGGGCAGCCCCGGCCUGUCCCGACACUCUACCUCCAGCUCGGGCAUCGAGGCAGACCGCGACGCAACACGGCAACACAGCAGCAUCUCCAUGGAGAUGGCGUCCAUGGAGAUGGCGUCCAUGGAGAUGGCGUCCAUGGAGAUGGCGUCCAUGGAGAUGGCGUCCAUGGAGAUGGCGUCCAUGGAGGAGGAGACGGGAGCGAGAAAAAGGAUGGAGAAGUGUUUCAGUUCGGUGGCGAGUCACGGGAGUUCUCACACCUCGGGCGUGGACACGGGCAGCAAAGCACGCACUGAUGAAGAGGAGUGGCAGGAGGAAGAGACCCAGCAGGCCAGUGUGGACAGUCCAGGAGAGGUUUCCGUGGACGACGCAGAGGAAUUGCUGAGAUUGGCUGAGCUGAUUGAGGGCGUGUCGGUUGAUUGUCCUAUGCUCACCUCAGAGACUCAUUGUGAAGGAUUAAAGGGGGAUCAGGUAGACAGAGGUGAAGAUCUGGUGACACUACGCAGCAAAGAUACCCUGGGACAGAUCCUGAAGACGAGAUCCCAUUGCGUGGACCGCCACAGCCAGAGUCUGGAUGACAUUCGCCUCUUCCCCCCUCCCGCCCCCCUCGGCACGACCCUCCCCACUGACUCCUCCCACAGCUACACCUUCGGCCUGCCCCUCCCGGACCCCCAGAGUAACGCUAAGAGCCCCCCAGGGUGUAACAACGGGGGCUACUACGUCCCCCUCCACUGCCCGGCUAAGGGCAGCUUCUAUGGACACAGGUCUAUGAACUGCCUCUCCCUUGAUCUACUGGGAGACGAACAGCUGUUGGAGUUUAUACUGUAGAACAACAGAGGACCAAUGUCCUUCUUCAAGUCUAUUCUCUAUCUACAUCCCCCUCCAAUGAAACUGUAGGAUACAGGGGAGUGGCUGCAUGCAGCGAGAGUUCUAACUGUAGAACAUAACGUUUUUACACUACCUGGCCGAACUGAACUGUGCUGGCCUAGUUACAUCAAGGAGCAUGGAUGCCCCUCUUCAAGCCUGUGCUCUACUGUAUGACACAGAUACAGGGGAGAGGCUGCACAGAGAUGUUGGACGACUUUAUGGACCUUUUCAAGAGGAGAGAAGAAGUCUGACAUUGAUUGGUAUAGGUAGCGUUCAUUGUGAAACGGAAGGAGGCCAUCGCCUUCAAUAGUCAUCCCAAUACAGAACUACUCUACAUAUUUAUUCAACAUGUUUGACACUGUUUUAGUUUUACCUUUUUUAGAGACUUUGUACAUAAUUGUCUUAUAUUUUCUACUAUUUUACUAUAUUUUUUACUUUUAGGUACUAACACAUUGUAACCAUAUCAAUAACUGUAAAUUAUACACAGCUGUAUAGUCCUUAUGUAAAUAGGGGUGACCAUUGCAUUUCUUCUUCAGUUAGUUUCUUAAUUGGUGUGUGUGAAUCGUGGCAUAGUUUGAACAGGCAGUACCUCCAGAAUCCAAGUACUUUAUGGUCUGUUGUGAAGAACAAAGUACUUUACUGCACGUUGACAUCCUGUGUAAAUGAAAUGUAUCGUCAUUACAUUAAUAAAAAUAACCAACACCAUUUUUAAUCCUACAUUUUA